CGGCCGCUACUCACCGGCACCGGCGGGCGGGCGCGGGGCCGCGCUCCGGCUCCAGGCGCGGCCAUGAGGCGGCUGUAGGGCCCCGGGACCCGCCGCCGCUCCGCUGCCUUCGGCCGCCGCGGGGGGCUCGGCGGGGGCGCGGCUCUGCUCGGGGUGGAUGCCGGCCGGGGCCGGCCGCUCCCGGCACCAUGCACACCGUGCAGAAGGACACCACCUUCACCAAGAUCUUCGUCGGGGGGCUGCCCUACCACACCACCGACUCCUCCCUCAGGAAGUACUUCGAGGUCUUCGGGGACAUCGAGGAGGCGGUGGUGAUCACGGACCGGCAGACCGGCAAAUCCCGGGGAUACGGCUUUGUAAGUGCCGCUCCGGGACGGGACGGGACGGGCGCCGGGGAAGGGGCCGGCAGCGGAGCCUCGGGCUGGGAGCCCCCGGUGACCAUGGCAGACAGAGCUGCUGCUGAAAGAGCUUGCAAAGACCCAAACCCCAUCAUUGACGGCAGGAAAGCAAACGUGAACCUGGCGUAUUUGGGAGCAAAACCAAGGAGUAUUCAAACUGGUUUUACCAUAGGUGUGCAGCAGCUUCAUCCAGCCUUCAUUCAGAGACCCUUUGGACUGACUCCUCACUAUGUUUACCCCCAAGCCAUCAUCCAGCCCAGCGUGGUGAUCCCUACCCCCGUGCAGUCCAUCACGUCUCCCUACAUCGACUACACGGCCGCCAGCCAAGCCUAUUCCCAGUACACCACAGCUGCCUACGACCAGUACCCCUACGCUGCCUCCCCGGCCGCUGGCUUCGUGGGGUACAGCUACACGGGCACGGUGCAGCCUCCCAUCACCGCCAGCAACCCCGCAGCGCCCGCCACCGCCUUCGUGCAGUACCAGCCACAGCAGCUGCAGCCCGACCGCAUGCAGUGAGAGCCCUCCCAGGACAAUCUCUCGCCGUGCAAGGAUGCGACUAGGACAGCAAAACGACAAAAAAAAAAAAAAACACAAUAAAAGAGACAAAACAAACAAACAAAAAAAAGUCACCCCGUCCCUUUAUCCGACCCCCCCCUUAUGUAGGUGCAUAUUGAUAUCUAAGCUAUUUAUAGUGUUGAGGGCGAACCUAAAUCCUUGCAGUCUGGUUGUGCUUAUGAAAGUGGACUUCUGAUAAAUUUGUUUUUUUUUUCCCCUUUUGUUUUUUUUUUUUUUUUUUUCUUCAAUCUGGACAGAUACUGUCUUGAAGAUGUUCUGAAAGCGGCUGAAAAUGUUUCACAGGAAAACUACAGAUUGUUGCACACAUCACGGUCUGCUUCCAUCACCUGUGGUCUUCUUUCUGCCCCCCUCCUUCCUUCCUCAUCCAGCCUAUAAUCCUCUUAUUCACUGGUGAGGUACAGAGGUACUCGGAGAACAUGGAAAAAAAAAAGCAAUCUUUAUUUUUUGGUUGUACAAAAACUUUGUAAUACUCAGAGAUGCCUUACAGAAAAAAAAAAGCAAAAGAAAAACUAUUUUUUAAUAUUUAUUGCGAUUUUAUUCGCAUGAGCUGUGAAUUGCAGACAGAAGAAUAGUAGUAAGUAUCUGCCUUGUUUAAUUCUCAUUUUACUAAAUUAUUGUAUGUAGGUAAAAGUUCUUAAGUAAUUGCUGAAUCACUUCAACAUGCAAAAGGGAAUAUUGGCUUGAAGGAGAGCAGAUAUUCCUUUAGUCAACGCACUGUACUAUUUUCUUAUUGUAAUUGUUACUCUGUUAAGAUUAUCUCAAAUUUAGGUAUAUUUUUAAAUGCAAAAAACCAACCAAGAAUACUGAACAUUUUGUCUACUUUGGUAGAUCUUUUGUUACAAUGCUGCAACCUAUGGAGACAUUUACAGUAUUUAUGUAAAAGAGAUUUGGGGCUGUUGGCCAGCAAGGUUUAGGAGAAUAUCACGAAUGGAGCAAUAGAGAAAAAGGUGUAAUGUCACUGAACAAAUAGGUAAAUGUAACCUUUUUAUGCCUGUAAUCCAACAGCCAAAUAAAGGAAGAGAACAGGCGAUGUAAGUGCAUUUCUACAAAGACAGCAAUAAACUGUUUUAACUUUUAAAAUUA